AUGGACCGCCUGCCGCACUUGCACCGCCCAACCAAAGACGAACUGCUAGCCGCAGCUACCAGUUUCUGGCAGAGACUUGGUAUCCGUUUCAAGUGGUUCUCUAUCCGAAGUGCCCGUCCUUUCAACACCGAUGACAUUAGUGCUUUCGUAUCGUGGAUACUGUUCGGCCACAUCCUCUGGAUCAUACUUGGUACCACUACCUUCGUCUCGCUCGCCAUCUUGUUCAUGAACACCGUCUUUGCUCAAGAGACUCUUGCUGGCUGGGUCGGCAACUACUUGACCCAGUCUUCUGGUGUCAAGGUCGUUUUCGAGUCCGCCAUUGUACCGCGCUGGAACGAUGGCGUCAUCUCAUUCAAGAACGUCUUCGUGUCGCGCCGUCCAGGUCAGGGAAGUUCCAACGUCACAAAGGGCUCUUCCGCAAAUGCUGCCGCCGCCGCAGCUGCCGCCUCUGCAGACAAGUCCGACCGCAAAGACCAGAAAGAUGAGGACACCAACUAUACACAAUAUGACGUCUCGAUAGAUACGGUAAACGUCACUCUAUCAUUUACCAAGUGGUUCAACGGCAAGGGCCUGCUAAGGGACGUCGAGAUCAAGGGCGUACGAGGAGUAGUCGAUCGUACGUCAAUAUUGCCUGGCGAUCCGACCAUCGACCCGAAGUCGUAUAGACAUGAACACACAACCGGAGACUUUGAGAUUGACUCUUUCAAGGUGUCAGAUGUUCUUCUGACUGUCUACCAGCCGAACGACUUCCGCCCAUUUUCGGUAUCCAUAUUCUCGUGCGACCUUCCGCGCUUCCGCAAACAGUGGCUGUUCUAUGACUUGAUGUCUGCCAACAUGAUAUCUGGCUCUUUCGACGACUCUUUGUUUACGAUCCAUCCUCGUCAAACACAUAGCCAUACCGGCCUGAGCAUCAAUGAGGAAGAUGGCGAUCACUCUGCCUGGAAGAAGCACAGCCGUCUACGCAUCGAUGGUCUGAAUAUCGAUCAUCUCAACAGAGGUGUUGAAGGUCCCUUCUCUUGGAUUCACGAGGGAAAUGUCGACAUUGUUGCAGACAUCAUGUUCCCAGCAGAUCAAGAUGGCUCAAUCGCAAAGGUCAUGUCCGAUUUCUAUGAUCGCAUGGAAGCGACUGUGGCGCACAAUUACCUCCAUACCACUCAUCAACACGACACCAGUGAUCAUCACGACGAGCAAGAAAUGAAAGAUGAGAACGAGGAGGACAAACGCUUUAUCGUCAUGGACCUUCGCGUACAUCUGAACGAUGUUCGAGCUGCUGUGCCCAUCUUCACCAGAGACCUGUCAUACGUCAAUAACGCACUCAUCCGCCCUAUCGUAGCGUACAUCAACUCCAAGCGAACAUUUAUACCUAUCAAUUGUCGUGUGGUCAAGCGAGUCAGCGAGUUUGACGGUAGCUGGACGGUGUUCGACAGCGGACUUCUGGACGAUCUAUCGAGAGAGACAUAUGAGGCCUUUGCCCGUGAUAUUGUCGACGACGGAGCCCGCACUCGACGACUGAAAAAGGUUGGUCUCUGGACCAUUCAGCUGGCGGCACAAGCUCUGUUCAUUGGACUUGCUGGCCAGCUCGUGUAA